UCGGUCGAUGUCGUACUCGGAAAAGAAGAGGAAAAAGAUGGAGGAGCCGACUAGGGAAGAAGUGUUUUGUUAUAGUUCUGACGAAGGAGCGUUGGUGUGGUAUGACACUGAAGAAAGCGAAUGGAACGAGUUGGAGGGUUUUGUAGGACUACCCCAGCUCUCUCCUGAUAGUGUAAGGUUGGCUGAUUAUGGUGGUAAGAUGGUGGUUUUAUGGAUUAAGUAUUUGCCUUCUAGUGAUGAGAGAAUGAUUUGGUGUGCGGAGAUUACGCUUGAAAGUGUAGAGUAUAUAAAGAAUACACAAUAUCGUGAUUGAUAUUGUGAUUGAUACUAUGAUUGAUAUUGUAAUUAUGUCUAACCUAGUACACCAUUCGUAUUCUCUUAUAUAUGCUCUGUAAUCACUUCUGAAAUAUAUAUCAUUUAAUCAUUUACCUUACAUGGUAUCAGAGCAAAAAUCCCACAAACUUUUCAAAUUUUUCUAGGCCGCCACCUUUGUUACCUUCGAU